AUGUUGUCGCAUAGAAUAAUUUUGUUCAGUGUGAUUCUAUCGUCGGUUCAGUGCUAUCAAACGGGAAACAGAUCGGAUAUGGAAGCUUCAAGCAGACCAAGUUUCAUAAAGUAUGAAGCAAUUCGAAGUGAAAUGCUUGCUCGACAUCUCGGUAGAGCUUUAGGCUCUGAUAUCGUGCUCAACGAAAAGGAAGAGCAGUUUAAUUCAAUCCUAAUGGAUCUAAAGACAGAUGAACUUAUGCGUGGCUUUCAAAAUCCUUACAAUUUCACCCCAUCACGUCAUUUCUUUGAAGUUCUUAACGCGAUGGAAAGUUCACCUCUGUUUAAACUCAUGCGGAAAAUGCCUAAAGGUUCAACUGACUAUGUCGUAUCUCUGACGAGAUGGGAUAAUUUGUGGCAAUGGGGUGGUAUAGAAGACGAUGAAUUGCCGAAAUUUGUGUUCAGUAACAAAAAGCCGACAAGCAUCGAUGACGUUGAAUGGAGAUUAGUUGGUGAAAUAAGAAAAGAGAUGGGAGACGAAGCUUACGAUGUGAAAAUUAGACGGCUGUUUACGUUGAUUGUUAAUGAUCCUUUGAUACGGUAUAGCGACAUAAAUUCGGUGUGGAGCAAGUUCAAUGAGAUUUUCAUGGUUUUUGGUUCCAUUGUAACGUACACAGAAGUUUGGAAGGAUUACUUCAGACAAGCUUUACAAGAGAUUUACGAUGAUGGUGUACAGUAUCUUGAGUUUCGUGGUGUUUUACCUGAGACUUAUGAUCUGGAAGGAAACAAAUAUGGACCGAUCGAGACUUGUGGAAUGUACGUAGAUGUGCUUAAAGAAUUCAAUGAGAAUCAUCCUGACUUUGGUGGAGCCAAAUUUAUUUAUGCGCCCAUUCGAAAAGUUGACGAUGACACUUUUGAAUCAUAUCUGGCAAUUAUGCAAAAGUUAUUGAAAACGUUUCCAGAUUUCAUUGCUGGUUUUGAUUUAGUCGGUCAAGAGGAUCGUGGAAGACCCUUGAUUGAAUAUGCUGAGCGGCUGCUGAAGUAUCCGGAAAACAUAAAGUUUUUCUUUCACGCUGCCGAGACUAAUUGGUUGGGAACUACUUCAGAUGAAAAUUUGAUAGAUGCUGUGUUGUUAGGAACAAAGCGCAUUGGACAUGGCUAUGGUAUUGUGAAGUAUCCAAACCUCUUGAAAGUCGUGAAGGAGAAGAAAAUUGGAAUUGAAAUUAAUCCAAUUUCGAAUCAAGUGUUGAAGCUUGUCGAUGAUUUGAGAAAUCAUCCAGCAACAAUUUUGUUCUCCGAUGACUAUCCUGUCGUCAUCAGCAGUGAUGAUCCGUCUUUCUGGGGGGCACUGCCACUCACCCAUGAUUUCUAUCUUGCAUUUCUUGGGAUUGCAUCCGCAAAACAAGACUUGAAAUGCAUCAAGAAACUCAUCUUGAAUUCAUUCGACUUGAGUGCGCUUGAUGAACGUCAAAAAAGCAGAGCGAAAGAAAUAUGGAUGAAGAAAUGGACUUCCUUCAUUGAAGAUGCUUUAAGAGAUCAAAAAUCGACGAUUCUGAUAGAAAGCAAAUAGAAAGGAAAUGAAAAAUGUUCAAAUGAUUGACAACUUUUGAUGUUCAAAAUCAUAAUCUGAUUAAAAUUGAAUUUAUAAACUCACACACAUACACAAACAAGGAAGUCGACCACGAAAUCGGUUUAAUUUUUUUAAUUCUGAUUGAUUAAAUGUCUGAUUAAAACAAUAAAUCACCACUUCAUUCUAUCUUCUCAUCAAUCAACAUUCAGCAAUGCCACCCACGCAACAACAAUAAAAGAUAACAAAGACAAAUAAAUAUUUUUUUUACACAGACAUUUUAUCAAAUAAAAAAAUAGAAGUUUACAUUCACAUCAAUUUUCGCUUAUCGAGUUGUGACUCGUCUCAACUUACUCAAGAAUAGAGAAUAAAGAAAUGAAUUUAAAUCGGUAAUAAAUAAAAAAGGGCUGAAUAAUGUUCAACUAAGUAGAAAGCUUUUUUCGUUUCCUUUCAGCAUAGAUUUGAAUAAUGUUUUUUUAGUUACAAAAGUUGUUGGCAGCGCAAGAAAUUAAAGUCCUAAUCAAUUUUAUCUACGUUGACUGCAAAAUUAUUUCUUUUUGUUUAAUUAAAAAUUUGUUGAGUAAAAGAAAGAAUUAUUUAAUUUCUAACUAUCAUCAUUUCAUGUUGUAAGCUGUUGUUGUCUU